GACUCUCAGUACCUGCACUUAUAAGGAAGUGACUCCACUCGGCAGCACCAGAUUAUUUGUUGCUAACUGACAACAGGAGCGUGGAGUCCUAAAGCAUGAGACUCUUAGUGUUAUCGUGCCUUCUGGCAGGCUGCCUGGCUCAGAAGCCUCAACCAUGCUCAAGCCCUCCUCUUCUGAGCGGAGCCCUCACUGUGUCCACACAGAAUGAAAAGCUGUGGACUUAUGCCCAAUACCUGUAUGAUGCACUGGGACAACGGAUCCGGCUCAUGGAGGUUGGCACUUACGAGAAUAAGUCAUUCACCUAUGAUGCUCUGCUGCUCUUCAAACAGGCUACCAUGUAUGAGAUUAAUGAGCAUGAUCGGACCUGUAAGAAAAAGCCUCUGAAGGCAGACUUCCAGCCUUGGGCAAUCCCAAAAGAUGCAUCUCUGCUGGGCCAGGCUGUUUUGGGCAGCUCCUCUGGACCCGGACAAGGACUGUUGGUCAACACUUGGACAGGAGAUCUGCCCGAAAAAACAGGGAAGUACAUGAGUACAGUCACUGAAUUUGGAUGCAUUCCUGUCAGCACUGUGUACCACACUGACCAGUAUGGAUGGGUGGUAACGAGCUUAUUCAACAACAUCGUCGGGAUGUCAGACCCCAGUAAGCUCAACCCUCCAGACUUCUGCCGGGAUUCAGAGAUGCAGGCUGACAGUGAAGAGGAACCGGUAGACUUCCUCAGCUUGUUCCUCCGCAAGAAUUACAUCUGUCCGUCCCAUUGUUGCAAAAGUGAUAUCUCAAGACGCCUAGAGAUAGAACUGGUGGUCAAAGGUCAAGGAAGUGAGCAAUCUGAAGCUGCAGCAUUUUUGCAUCUGUGUGUGCAGAGGAAUCUACCAUCAGACAACAUGAGAGCCCUUGUCCUGUUUGUGUGCUUGACAGUGGGCUGCCUCGCUCAGAGGCCACAGCCAUGCACAUCUCCACCACUGCUGACUGGAAGGCUCUAUGUGUCCACCCAAAGUGAGAAUCUGAUGGCCUAUGCCAGGUACAGCUAUGACGCACUGAGAAAGCGCAUCCGUCUAUCAGAAUGUGGAACUUACAAGAACAAGACCUUCCACUUUGAUGUACUUUUACUUUACGAACAGGCUGUCAUGUACAAGAUUAACUACAGGAACCAAACAUGCUGCAAGAAACCACUGAGUGUAGAGUUCCACCCGCUAGCCAUCCCGAAGAAUGCUUCCCUGAUGGGGCAGACUGUGACAGGCAGCUCGUCUGGUCCAGGACAGGGGUUGCUGGUCAACAACUGGUGGGGAGAGCUGCAGACGAAGAGGGGACCAGCAAAGUACAUCAGCACCGUCACGGAGUUUGGAUGCAUUCCUGUCAGCACUCUGUUUCAUACCAAUAAAAACGGAUGGGUCGUGACAGGCUUCUUCAACAACGUCGUGGGACUGACAGACCCUCAAUGGCUCAUCCCUCCAAAUUUUUGUGAUGGCGCCCAGCUGGAGAAAGAGGAUGGUGAGGAUCCAGCGACCUUCUUCAGCUUGUUUUAAAAUGUUACAUUUUCAAAAAUGUAAUGCACUGUGAUGGUCAAUACUGUAUAUGACUAUUUGCACUGUAUUAUUUCUUUUUUUUUUUUUUUUAGUUGCAGUCAUUGGUGUCAUAGCAUUCGUGAGGGUAAUGUCAUUAUUCAGUCAGUUUUGAUUAAUACAAGCAACAGAGUGAGGGUCCCUACCUCACAAAUCAUUUAUUGCAAAUACAGGGUAAGGGAGGAAUUAUAUGUACAAUAUAAUUUCACUUGUAGUCUAACAUUAGAAAACAUAAUAUCACAAGGUGAAUGUCAAAUGUUUCACUUAUUGAGUUUUUUUCUUGUUUGUUUAUUUUUGCCAGAUAUUAAAAUCUGUUUAAUGAGA